AUGAGAAAAUCCAGUGCCGCCGCAGUCGCCAGGAAGCUCGCCUCCGACCUCGCAGGGAAGAAAAUACUGGGACUAUUUCUAAAUAGAAUAGCACCUGAACUUGCUUUGCUUGUACUAUUUGUCAAACAGCAAGAAAACAGGGGAUCAAUAGCAAUGACAGUCCGUAAACUGUCAGAACUCUUGAGCAAAAUUGAACACGACAAAGCAUUUAAGGUGCCAUGUUUGAGAAGUGCAAUAGCGUCACCUCAGAAGAAUGUGGGCCUUAACGUCCAGGAUGGUGCAGUACAUGAAGCGCUCUAG